AUGAAUGAACCUGAAAGUAGUAGGCAUAAAGAGGUCAAUACUGAAAUUGAUGAUCAAUUUGCUCCGGAUGGCAAGGAUGAUGUUGUUGAUGUGAAAGAAGGGUUAGCUUCCCAAACCCAUGAUAGUUUACGAAUGCUUACUAAGGAAGACGUGUUGCAAAUGAAAUUCAAUUUAGAGGAUGAUGCUUAUACUUUCUACAAUGCAUACGCUAAGGUCAUCGGUUUUAGCAUCCGAAGAAAUAGAAAAAGAAUUAGUGGAGACAACAAAUUUGUAGAGAGUAGGAAAUGGGUUUGUUCAAGGGAAGGUGUAAGAGAAAAGAAAUACUUGCAACAUGUGGAACGGGUGCUUCCCUGGUGGGUGUUUGUCCACAUCUUCAACCAUUUCGACUGUAUGGGGCUGUUUUUGGCCAGUAUUCAUGUUGGGUGGGCUUGA